AUGUCACCAGUAGCUACCAACACACCUAACGCACCUGCUCAACCGGUAGGCGGGAAAGCGAAAUUCUCAACUCAACAAAUCAUCAAUUUGGAACAUGAGUAUUCAGCACAUAAUUACCACCCUUUACCUGUAUGCUUUGAAAGAGGUGAAGGAGCCCAUGUGUGGGAUCCUGAGGGUAAUGAGUACCUUGAUUUCUUAGCUGCUUACUCGGCUGUCAACCAAGGUCACUGUCACCCUGAUAUCCUACAAACACUCAUCACCCAAGCAUCCAAGCUCACCCUCUCCUCUCGAGCCUUCUACUCAUCCAACCUCGGUCCAUUCGCAGAGAAAAUAACCAAGAUGUUCGGCUUCGACAUGGUCCUACCCAUGAACACGGGUGCCGAGGCAGUCGAGACAGCCAUCAAAUUAGCUAGAAAAUGGGGAUACGAGAAGAAAGGUAUCAAAGAGGGUAAAGCCAAAGUACUAAGUGUGGAAGGAAAUUUCCACGGAAGGACAAUCGGUAUCAUCUCCAUGUCAACCGAUCCAGAAUCGAGGAAUGGUUUUGGGCCGUUCUUGGAUAAUGUCGGUCCUCAGUGGGAUACAGGAUUGAUCAGGUACAACCACCCUGAAGAUCUUGAGAGGACUUUGGAGAAAUAUGGAGAUGAGGUGGCGGCGUUCUUGGUUGAACCUAUUCAGGGUGAAGCUGGUAUCUACGUCCCCGACGAUGGAUACCUAGCGAAGAUCCACGAAAUCUGUAAGAAAUACAAUGUCCUGUUGAUCUGUGAUGAAAUCCAGACUGGACUUGCUAGAACUGGUAAAAUGCUCUGCUACGAGUGGGAUAAUAUCAAGCCCGAUAUGGUUAUCCUCGGAAAAGCUCUUUCUGGUGGUAUGUACCCCGUGUCAUGCGUUAUGGCCAGUAAGGAGAUCAUGCUUUGCAUCAAACCCGGAGAACAUGGGUCGACAUACGGAGGAAACCCCCUAGGAUGUGCUGUAGCCAUGACCGCCCUCGACGUGCUUGUCAACGAAAACUUAGUUGAGAGAUCACAAAAAUUGGGUGAAAUCUUCCGAUCGGAAUUGGCGAAAUUGAAUUCACCAUUCAUCAAGAUCAUUCGAGGAAGAGGAUUAUUCAACGGUGUGGUGAUUGAUGAGAAAGCUUCAAAGAAGGGCAGAACAGCUUGGCAACUGUGUUUGUUAAUGAAAUCAAAGGGACUAUUGGCUAAGCCUACACAUGUGAAUAUUAUUCGAUUUGCACCUCCUCUUGUGAUUUCAGAAGAGGAUGUGUACAAAGCUACGAGGAUCAUUGCUGAGUCCCUAGAAGAAUUCGAUGUUAUCGAGAAGAUCCCAGGAGAUGAAGGUGAAGAGCACGAUACCAAGAUUGAGCUUGAGGAUUAG